CCUGGAGACUAAACCAGUCUGGUUUACCUUUAGCUUUAAAUGAUGCUGUCUCCACAGCUGCACAAAAUCUUAGCAGUAGCUUUUUUCCUGCUCCCACUCUGUGCUCAAGGCAAACCUGCAGGAUUUCUUCCAUCAUUCCCUUUCAAGCCUUUUUUUGGAGGUGGGAGCAACAGCGAAGAUGAGCAACAAAUACCAGAGCUCACAGCUCGGGCUGGCAAUGAACAUGGAGACCCCAUCCAGCAGUUGGAAUAUCGGAUUUCCAGACUGGAAGGAGUCCUUCGCUUGAACAAGAUGAUAACAGAGUCAGGAGGAAAAAUCUUUGCUACCAAUGGAAAAAAAGCUGAUUUUGAUGCUACAGUGGAAAAAUGUAAAGAGGCUGGAGGCUCUAUUGCCACUCCAAAGAGCCCUGGAGAGAAUGAUGCCAUUCUGUACUUUGUGAAAUAUUUUAACACCUACGCCUACCUGGGGAUAAAACAAUCCCUUAUUCCAGGAAGAUUCCAGCUCCUGAACGGUGCUCAGCUGGGCUAUACUAACUGGUAUCCAAAUGAACCUUCUGGCAAAGGGGAGGAGGAGUGUGUGGAGAUGUACACUGAUGGCACCUGGAAUGACAAGAGGUGUAACAAGAAUCACCUUGUUGUCUGCCAGUUUUAGUGCUUCCCUUGCUGCUGGCUGGAAUAUGCUUCCCUAUCACUUGUGUCUUCCUUUGUAGCUCGUGAACUUAGA